AUGUCACCUCUCCCCAUCGAUCCCACAUUAGAUCCGACGUUACAUUACAUCCCUAGAAGAGCGGUUGCCGAGACCCUCACGCCAAACGAUACUCAGAAGAUAACCUUGAUCGUAGCUGGGUGUUAUGUGCUGGCUAUUGGAAUAUUACCGAUACUGGAGAAGAUCAUAUACCCAUUCAAAUUACUCACCGUAGGAAUGCACGAAAUGUCGCAUGCACUUGCUGGCAUUCUGACCUGCGCAACAGUCGAGAAGAUCACGCUCGAUCCUCAAGAAGGCGGUUCGACAAGAAUGAGAGGCGGUAUACCUGCUAUUACACUCCCAGCGGGAUAUCUAGGAUCAUCUUUCAUUGGAGCAGCAUUGAUAGCUUGCGGCUUCGACACCAACGCAUCCAAAGUGGCAUGUCUGAUCCUGGCUUUCUUCUGGAUAUUGACCCUUUGGUGGGUGAGAUCAAGUUGGGUAGCUUGGGCUACUAUCGCUCUCAUGGCUGGUCUGAUUGUCAUCACUUGGCUAGUAGCUCAUUCAGUCGCAUUGAGAUUUCUAAUCCUCUUUAUAGGUGUCAUGUCAUGCCUUUAUGCUAUCUGGGAUAUCGUCGAUGACACCCUAGCCAGAAAGGUGAACACCUCGGACGCAUCGGAGUAUGCCAAUCUCAUAGGAUGUUGUGGAUCGCGGUUCUGGGGAGCAUUCUGGUUGAUCAUCUCUUGCGCAUUCUUCGCUGUCGGUAUACUAGUGGGUAUAGCAGCUUUCAAAGACGACUGGGAUACCCAAGCUGCCAGAGCCGAUGAUUUCCUGGGAGGUGGGUGA